UAGUUAUAGAAUUUUUAUUUUAUAUAUCUGUCGUGAUUUAUACAUAAAUAAUUUAUUUUUAAUUGCUUUACCUAUUUUAAAAUAAAUAAUUUCAAUAUUAAACAAAAAUACUUAUUAAGUAAUUGUUUUUAUUUCAGUGAGAAUAGAUUUCAACUCAGUUUCUAUGAUUUAUUUGCUUUGCGUGAUUGAUUUGGAUGAAUGAAAGUAAACUAAAAUAAUGAUAAACAAAUAACGUUAAACCCUUGACCCUAUUAAUAUUAUCAUAUUUUCUCAGUUCUCCAUAUCAAGAACAAUGAGUUGUGUGAGUGAUUUGUCUCAAUCUAGCGAAUAUCUUAGUUUUCGAAGUAGUAUACCACUGAGGAAAAUUGUUGUAGAUUCCGAUGGAGUAAAGACUUGGAGGAUUUUUGAUUCAGGUCCUAAGUCGGUUAAUUGUCCGCUGAUUUGUUUGCCACCAGUAUCUGGAACAGCUGAUAUUUUCUAUAAACAAGUAAUGGGUUUAGCUUCAAGAGGUAUUAGAGUAAUUGCAGCAGAGCCUCCUCCUUAUUGGAACAUGAAAGAAUGGUGUGAUGGUUUUAAACGCCUCAUAGAUUAUUUAGAAUUAGAUAAAGUUCAUGUCUUUGGAGCUUCUUUAGGAGGAUUCAUGGCCCAGAAAUUUGCAGAGCUAACAAGAAACUGUUCCCGUGUGGCAUCACUUAUACUUUGCAACACAUUUACUGAUACUUCUGUUUUUGAAUAUAACGAUUCUUCUGCUCUCUUCUGGCUCCUACCUUCAUUGGUGUUGAAACGAAUGCUAAUGGGUAACUUUACUACUGAGAAAGUUGAUAGAAGAAUGGCUGAAUCUAUUGAUUUUAUGGUGGAAAGAUUGGAAUCUCUUACUCAGUCAGAGUUAGCCUCAAGAUUAACUCUUAACUGCAGUCCAAGUUAUGUCCAGCCACAGCAAUUAAAUAAUAUUCCAAUAACUAUAAUGGAUGUAUGGGAUGAAAGUGCAUUGAGUUCCCAAGUUCGGGAAGACAUAUACAAGUCAUACCCUCAUGCAAAACGUGCCCAUUUAAAAAAUGGUGGCAAUUUUCCAUAUUUGAGUAGAAGUGAUGAAGUAAACUUGCAUUUACUAAUUCAUCUACGACAAUUUGACAAUACAGAAUUAACAGCAUCUUAUUUAAAUCUUCAUAAGAUGCCUGCAUCUUCUAACGAAAAUUCUGAUGAAGGCUCAGUUAGUUAUUUCAAUCGGGAGAAUUUUGUAAAAAUAUCAAAUUAAUUGUUUGUAAUGGAGUAAAAUGUGGUAAUAGGUUUGAGUAUAAGUAAUAAUUACUACUACAUACUAAAAGAAUAAUAUAGGUGUCUACAUUUGCUAGGGAUAAUAAUUUUCUAGUUUUUUUUUAAGCAGUUACAAGCUUAUUUUUAUGAAUUAUUAUAUUUAUUACAAAUAACUGACAAAGCAGGAAAGAUAUUCAAGCAAUUAAGCAAUUCUAUGUGUUUUUUUUUUUAAACUGCUGCAAUGGACGCCAAGCCUCUUAAGAUUCGCCACAUUGCAAUUUUCUGUUAAUUUAUAGUGUGUAUAAGUAAAAAUAAAUUACAAGACGUAAUGAAACUAUUCGUAAGUAGACGUCUAGGAUUGGCGAUUCUGUAGUGUUUAUCUAUUUAAAUUGAAUUAUACAUUAAGAGCGAAAGUUAUUUAUGGACCACUAAAAAGUGAAUUUAAAAUUUGCUACUAAUUUAAUUCGUUCUGAUCCUUAGAUUAAUGAUAUCGCUAUAUCAUUAAUCUAAGGAUCUACAUUACGUAACAUUACGAAAAGAGUUACAUAUAGGUAUACCUACAUUUCUAAAUGCAUACUCGUCAAGUGUAUGCAGUACCUUAUUAAAGCAAAAUGGAAAAUUAUCAAGUUGUUAAUCUUUCAUAAAUAUUCUGUUGUCUAUAUUUGAAUAUUUAAAAUAUUAUGAAUAAUAAUCAUCCAACAGAAAUUUUAUUAACCUAUAGUAUAAUACUAUAGGUUUGUUAGUUGCAGUAACUUAACAUGUUAGGUAUAUAUUGGUAAAAAUAUUUCUUAGAUUUGAAAACAUUGAAUUCAAAUUAAUUACACGUACUAAAGAUAUCGCAGUUUAUAUUAAAAUUUAUAGAAAACCUUUUAUAAAUAUUGUAAAUUUUAAUGUGAUUUUGAUAUUUAGUAUGUUUCCGAUUUUUUGUUGCUUUGUGUGUUCGUUUUAAGUAUACACUGUGUAUAAAAAUUGCAAUUUUCACUAAUUUAUAUACAAUAUAAAUAUUGUUACAAAAUAAUAAGUAACAUUUAUCUGAUAUUAAUGAAAUGUAUAAAAUACGUACUGUUAAAUAAAAAUUAUUGUGUUUUAUCUCUUUUUUACCAUUAUACUACUAUGUUAUUAAUAAAAGAAAAUGUGAGGCCAAUUUCAUAAGACUGUCAAUCAUGUGAAUAGUUUGUAAGUGGACAUUAUAUAAUGUUAUUUAAAGAGUGCAUCAGGACUUAUUAGACGCAAUAAAAUAAUAUAUAUUUAA